CUCCCCCACCAACGGCCGAUAAGUAUCGGACACUUUGCAAUCUCAAUUCAGCUUAACUGCCUUCGAUGAAGACGCUCAUGUUUUGCGCUACAGUCCUAACGUACACAACUUUCGAACAUGUCUUUUGCCAUACAGCCUUGCAGUCCUGCCGAUGCCCCGGGGCUUGCGGCCACUAUGAUGGGUGCCCGUUUGACCGAUCCCCACUGGGUUUUUCUAUGGAAGGAUCCCUGCCCCCAAGACAUCAUCGCCAGAGCCAGUGAGAGACUUCCGUGGAAUCUUAUUAGUGGAAGAGAUACCAAGCGGCAUCAGAAGGUCAUAAAUGUCGAGACUGGCAAAGUAGUCGGAUAUGCCCGAUGGUCUCUUCCCCCAGACUUGGCCAAGGCAGGGAAUGUCUGGCUGGAAGCCCAAGUAGCUGAACCUUCGCGCGUGGAUCUUGAGAUCUAUGAAAAGAAUUUCAAGGCCAACACAGAUAACGGCCGCCUUAUUGGCUUGAAGACUGGUGCCAUGAUCGGCUUUCGCAGUGCACCACUUGAAGCAGCAGAUGCUAGAAUCAUGAGAGACGGACCCUUUCUGAUGAUGGAUUAUUUAACCACAGACCCUGCCUUUUGGCGGAGAGGUAUCGCAAGCAUGCUCGUGCAAAGUGGGCUGAAGGUUGCAGAUCGUUAUGGAAUAAAGACCUAUGCAAUGUCUGAGCCAGCUGGAUUGAAAGUUUAUCUCAAUCAUGGCUUCAAGCUAGUGGAGACUGUGUCCACGGAUUAUUCAAAGUACGGUGGAACGGAACCACUGGUAGAAUAUUUUCUGGUGCGGGAACCAGUUUCGCUGCAGCCGAGAUAGCUCUCGACAAUGAUAUAUACGAUCCAAUACACCUUAAUUAUCAAUCUUUUCUACAAUCAUAAUGUACUUAAAUUUCACUUUUUGCCAAAGAUUUUCUUAGUCUACCAACAGAACGUCUGCUUCGGAGAGCUUUAUACAUGAGUUAUACACCAC